UUUCUUCUCUAACUCAAACUCACUGAUUCUUUAGGUCUUUUCUUAUAUAUAUACACACAAAAUUCCUUUUACAAUGGCCGCACUGAGAGUUAUUUCAGUAGCUUCUACUUCAACUUCUUUUCAUUGUUACCCUUCAGUUUUCACUAAAUUCAAAUCUAGUCCCACUUGGGCUAUUUCUUUUUCAGUUACACCCUUGUUGUGUUCAAGAAGAGCAAAAAGGAUGGCUCAUUCUAUUGCUCGGGCCACUCUUGGUUUAACUCACCCUAAUCAAAUUGAGGCCCCUAAGAUUUCAUUUGCUGCUAAAGAGAUUGAUUUGGUGGAAUGGAAAGGAGACAUACUUGCAGUAGGUGCAACGGAGAAGGACUUGGCCAGAGAUGAGAAUUCAAAGUUCCAGAAUCCAAUAUUGCAAAAGCUAGACUCGAAAUUGGGCGGUUUAUUGUCUGAAGCUUCAUCCGAGGAGGAUUUUAGUGGAAAGUCUGGACAAUCCACAGUUCUUAGACUUCCUGGUCUUGGCUCGAAGAGGAUCGCUCUAGUUGGGCUUGGCUCAUCUGUAUCAUCAACUGCUGCUUAUCGCAGUUUAGGAGAGGCUGUUGCUGCAGCUGCCAAGUCUGCUCAGGCUAGUAAUAUUGCGGUUGCACUUGCUUCUACUGAUGGGCUGUCUGCAGAAUCAAAGCUUAGCUCUGCCUCUGCUAUAGUAACCGGAGCUACACUUGGGAUAUUUGAAGAUAAUAGGUUUAAGUCUGAGUCAAAAAAACCAACCUUGAAAUCUUUGGACAUUCUUGGACUGGGAACUGGACCUGAGAUAGAGAAGAAACUCAAGUAUGCAGAAGAUGUCUGUGCAGGUGUUAUAUUCUGCAGAGAGCUCGUCAAUGCACCCGCCAAUGUACUUACGCCUGCGGUACUUGCUGAAGAGGCCAAAAAGAUUGCCUCCACUUAUAGCGAUGUCCUUUCUGCAAACAUCUUGAACGUUGAGCAGUGCAAAGAAUUGAAAAUGGGAUCCUAUUUAGCUGUUGGUGAAGCUUCUGCAAAUCCUCCUCNCAGUGGUGGCUACAACAUCAAGACUGGACCCGGUUGUUUGAUAGAGCUUAUGAAGUUUGACAUGGGAGGGUCUGCAGCUGUUUUAGGUGCAGCAAAAGCUCUUGGUCAAAUAAAGCCUGCUGGAGUAGAGGUGCAUUUCAUUGUUGCUGCUUGUGAGAAUAUGAUCAGUGGAACAGGCAUGAGGCCCGGAGACGUCGUCACAGCUUCAAAUGGGAAGACAAUUGAGGUUAACAAUACUGAUGCUGAGGGUAGACUCACACUUGCUGAUGCGUUGGUAUAUGCCUGUAACCAAGGUGUCGAAAAGAUAGUUGAUCUGGCAACAUUAACGGGUGCUUGUAUAGUUGCCCUGGGACCUUCAAUUGCUGGUGUUUUUACUCCUAGCGAUGACCUAGCAAAGGAGGUGGCUGCAGCUUCUGAGGUAAGCGGUGAAAAGCUAUGGAGAAUGCCUUUGGAGGAGAGUUACUGGGACACCAUGAAAUCAGGAGUGGCUGAUAUGGUUAACACUGGAGGUCGUCAAGGUGGUGCAAUAGUUGCUGCUCUCUUCCUGAAGCAGUUUGUUGACGAGAAGGUUCAAUGGAUGCAUAUCGACUUAGCUGGUCCUGUCUGGAACGAUAAGAAGAAGAAUGCAACGGGUUUUGGUGUUUCGACACUAGUGGAAUGGGUGCUGAAGAACUCUACAAACUGAGCCAGUCAGGUUUUCGCCAUAUAAUGGCCAACAGAUGAGAGAGUUAUAAUCUCAAGGGACUUUUGAUGUUUGAGAAGAAGUACAUCAUGUUUUAUGAAUAAAUUUGAGGUGAGGGUGGUGGAAAAGGAAAAAGCAAUAGUAUGGGCAUUGAUCUUCAUAGGUAGAUUGGAGGAUACUUUAGCUCUGCUUUCUUGUUUCCUUGAUUUAUAAAAUGUCUAAAAUUGGCACUUUGUUUUAUCUAAAGAAAUUUAUAGUUUUUCGUUUUA